CUAACAUCAUGUAAAAUGAACGAAGCUUUGAUCGAAGCACCGCAGAGAAUGGAGUGGAGGCAGGAGGCGGGAAGAAGGAUUGGCGCGGGCCGGAGGCAGGAGAAGAGGACGCCGGAAGUGCAGACGGUGGAGCGCCGCGGUGGUUGCAGUCGAACGGAGACGUCAUCGCGGGUGGCGGCUUCGAACGGGAGCGGGACGGGAGCCAACUAUUCUGAAAUAUUUAUUUUAUUAUUAUUAAGUGAGUGGGUUCAUUUCCCACGGCAUUUCAAAAUCCACCGCCCGCCCUACAAUCUCCAAAACCCUAAACCCCAUGCUCUCUCCCUCCCUUGACAAUGGAGGAAGAAGAUGAUCUCUGGAAGCAAUUCCUCGAACAAGACGACGACGUUGACGACCUCACCGUCCCCUCUCAGGUCCUCUCCGAUUCCUACCUGAUCGGCUUCGUGAUCGCCAACAUCGUCGGCCUCCGGUACUACUCCGGCACCAUCAAUGGCCGCGAGCUCGUGGGUCUCGUCCGGGAACCCCUAAACCCUUACGAUUCCAACGCCAUCAAGGUUCUCAACACCCGCACCGUUCAAGUCGGCCACAUCGAGCGCACUGUUGCCGCCGUUCUCGCCCCUCUCCUCGACGCGCACAUCAUCUCCGCCGUUGAGGCCAUCGUUCCCAAGCCCCCGCGUAACGGCAGAAACCCUUACCGUCUUCCCUGUCAAAUCCACAUAUUCGCUCUCCCCAACGCCAUACCUACUGUUCAAUGCGCUAUUGAGGAUGGCGGUCUUCAUCUUUUCACUCCCGAUGACCACGAGUUCACCCUCUCUGAGUCUGCCAUUGUUAAGGAGUCCGCAUAUAGCAACGCUUCCAAGGAGCGGAGAAGGAUUGAUGAGAUAUUUGCACUUGUGGGGAAGGAGAGGAAGGGGAUUGAGCGUCUUGAGCCUCCGAAGGAUGUGAUAUUAACGGAGUUGUUCGAUCACCAGAAGGAAGGGCUGGGGUGGUUGGUGCACAGGGAGAAUUCAAAGGAUCUGCCAUUGUUUUGGAAGGAGAAGAAUGGGGGUUUUCUGAAUGUGUUGACAAAUCACUUAACGAAUGAGCGGCCAGAGCCUCUUAGGGGUGGAAUGUUCGCUGAUGACAUGGGAUUGGGUAAAACCCUCACUCUGUUAUCCUUGAUUGCUUCUGCUAAAGCGGGUGCUAGUGUUUCUUAUGCCAUGGUAGAUGAUGUUGGAACAUCUUCUGGUACGAGGAAGCGCAGGUCUGGUAACAAAAGGGCCGUGGGUUCUAGGAAGAAAUUGAAAGCUGAUGUUGACGAGCUUUUGGGCACCAAAACAACAUUAGUUGUUUGCCCAUCAUCGGUACUUACGACAUGGAUAACUCAACUGGAGCAGCACACUAGAGCUGGUAGCUUACAGGUGUAUUUGUACCAUGGGGAGCGCAUAAAGGAGGUGAAGUUUCUCCUGAGACAUGAUAUUUUGCUGACAACUUACAAAACUUUAGCUUUGGAGUUUAGCUCCCCACAGUCCCCGCUUAAGGAGAUAGAGUGGGCGAGAGUUAUUUUGGAUGAGGCCCAUGUUAUUAAGAAUUUUGGAUCACAACAAACUAAAGCAGUUGUUGAGUUGAAGGCGCAGAGGAGGUGGGUGGUAACAGGAACUCCAAUACAGAAUAGUUCCUUUGAUUUGUUUUCUCUUAUGGCCUUCUUAAGAUUUCAGCCAUUCUCAAUUAAGAGCUAUUGGCAGAGUCUUAUCCAACGACCGCUGGAUCAAGGGUGCAAUAGUGGAAUAUCACGCUUGCAGGCCUUGAUGGCCGGCAUUUCUUUGAGGAGAAUGAAAGGAACAAAUAAUGGAAGUGACAGCUUAGUUCUACUGCCACCAAAAACUGUUGAAACUUAUCUUGUGGAACUCACUUCCGAAGAACGAGAGCAAUACGAGAAGAUGGAAUCAGAGGCGAAAAGUACACUGAAGGAGUAUAUCAAUGAUGACGCCGUAUUGCGCAAUUAUUCUACUGUACUGCACAUUAUAUUGAGGCUUCGGCAGAUCUGUAAUAAUGUGGCAUUGUGCCCCUCAGACCUCAAAUCACUACUCUCAUCUAACAGUCUUGAAGAUGUUUCCAAAAACCCAGAGCUGCUGAAGAAACUGACCUUAAUGUUAGCAGAUGGAGAUGAUUUUGACUGCCCUGUUUGCCUUUCACCCCCCAAAAAAACCAUUAUUACAUGCUGUGCCCAUAUCUUCUGCCAAACCUGCAUACUGAAAGCCCUCAAAACUCUCAAUCCUCGCUGCCCGUUAUGCCGGGAACCCUUAUCCGAAACCAAACUUUUCUUAGCUCCGCCGCCAAAACCAUCCGACGAGAAUCCCACAACAAACUUCUCAGGCUCGCCCAUCUCAUCCAAAGCAUCGGCAUUGCUGAACCUCCUCCAUGAAUCCAAGAAGCAAAAUGAAUCAACGAAAUCCGUUGUCUUCUCGCAAUUCCGAAAGAUGCUGAUCUUGUUAGAAGAGCCAUUAAAGGCCGCCGGUUUUGGCAUCCUACGUUUAGAUGGCUCGAUGAGCACAAAAAAGAGGGCGGCGGUGAUCAAGGAGUUUGGGUCGGAUCAACCGAAUGCUCCAACAGUCUUGUUAGCCAGCCUCAAAGCCGCCGGUGCAGGACUAAAUCUCUCGGCGGCGUCGAGAGUCUAUUUGGUGGAGCCAUGGUGGAACCCGGCAGCGGAGGAGCAGGCGAUGGAUAGGGUUCAUAGAAUUGGGCAGAAGGAAGAGGUGAAGGUUGUGAGGCUGAUUGUGAAGGAUAGUAUUGAGGAAAGGAUUUUGGUGAUACAGGAGAGGAAGAAGAAGCUCGCCGGAGGUCUGUUUGGGAAGAAAGCUGCCAAGCUGCAGAGGGAAAUGCGUGUUGAUGAUAUUCACGCCAUGCUUCGCCUGUAAGUUCUUGCGAAAUUUACAUUCCUACCACACAAUUCUUAUGUAUUUUUACAUAUCUCACACCUAAACUUUUGUAGUUACACAUAUACAUAUAUUAGUGCUAAUGCUAUAUGUACAUUUAUAUGAUAGUUUAGGUGUGAGGUAUGCAUGCAUAAGAAUUUUGUGCUAUUUAGAUAAAUGCCCCUGAUUUUUGGAAGAAAGCUUGAUCCCCUUUUUUUUGGCUGGUUUUGGUAUUUUGUGCAUCUAAAUGUUAGUAUUAUUUAUAUGUUAAUGCUGCAAAUUUGGAGAGGAUUAGUUUUUUUCUGGAAAAUUUACAUGAACGCCACUCAAUUCUUAUGUAUUUACAUAUCUUACCCUUAAUCAUGAAUUUUUACAUAUAUGCCACCUUAACUAUGCAUGGAAGGUUGUAUUUCAUGUAGUGAUGAAAUGAUGUUUUUGAUGUGAUAUGAAUUGAAUGAUUUGG